GAAUAAACACGCAUAACAGGGGUUAAUAAUAUUGUGGCAUUCAGCAUUCAUUUCUAAGUCGAACGUUGAUGAGGACAAGCCAGAAAAACCGAUUAACGAACUGUUUUGUGUGCUUUUCCAAACUAGAGAUAAUAGUAUAGUGCAAAUGAAAAGUGGAAUUCUCUUUGGAAGAAAAAUUCUUUUAGUGUGCUUCCACUUAUCGUAUCGAAACGAAUCUGUUCUGUUGAAUUAAUAAAAUCGGUCAAAUCGGUAAAGUUACCGUCGAAGGAAAAGAAUUAAAAAAAAAAACAAAUAUUUACGUGAUGAAAAUGAAAAUUGUUGCGAAAUGAAACGGUGAAUAAGUGUCAACCCGCGAAGAGAAAAAUAUUUUUUUGUUGCAUAAAUGAAACUAGAUUGUGGCCAAAUAAAUCGAAAUAAUUUCAAAAUGUCGUCUGUCGAUGUUGAUGUGGAUAUAAAUGUUGUGUCGAGUCCGGAACCGUCGCCGCGUAGUGGUGACGAAUCGAUUAUACGUAAGGACUUUUCCUAUUCAAACCAUCAUACAACAUUCAAUCACAGCACAGAGUCACGGUUGAGUCCGCCAAAAUCGCCGCCGGAACACAGUAAAACGUCGGCCGGAUCAGCGUACACCAGUUUCUCAAUUAGUAGUAUUUUGAGUCGUAGUGAUACAAAGAAAGGGCCGCUGAUGCCGUUACCGCAAUUACCGCUAUCCGAUUCGAAUGGAAGUCACGAUGCUGCCAUGUUAUCCAGAUUGGGUUUGAUAUCACAUUGGGGUGCGUUAGCUGGAAGAUAUGCCGCAUUAUGUCCUCCCGGUUGGCCGUGGGCCCAUCAUAGAAUGUCAUUUCAUAGUCCAACCCACGACAGCUCAUCGACCAAUACAACUGAAAAUCCAUCACCAUCGCUGAGUCCACCGCCUCCUGCAUCGAAAUCAUCUCCUCUUCAUUCAUCAUCAUAUUUAAACAACUCGAAUGAAUCUGAUGAUGAUGGACAGGAAAUCAUCGAAGAAGACGGACCCGACAGUCCCGAACGACCGUCGGAUAGUGGUUCCCCUAGUUUAAAUGGUUCAAUACAGACGAAACGCAAGAAAAAAACACGAACAGUUUUUUCGCGAGCACAAGUUUUCCAACUGGAAUCGACAUUUGAUUUAAAAAGGUACCUGAGUUCAUCGGAAAGAGCUGGUUUGGCUGCAUCGCUCCGUCUCACCGAAACACAAGUGAAAAUCUGGUUUCAAAAUCGACGAAACAAAUGGAAACGACAACUCGCUGCUGAAUUGGAAGCAGCGAACAUGGCAAAUAUGGCGCAUGCGGCUCAACGUUUGGUUCGUGUGCCUGUAUUAUAUCAUGAAGGUGGAAGUAGUGGAUUCGUACAACCUCCACCCCAUCCGAAUUCAACAUCUUUUUACUAUCCGCGCGGUAGUUCACCGCGACCGCCAUUAUCGUCGCUGGUAUAGAACAAAGAAUUGUACAUAAAUUCACACAAUUAUUUUAACACUUGAUACUAACAACUAUAUUAAUGGUGACGGUUGUUGGCUAUGACGAUGAUGAUGAUGAUGAUAAUGAUGAUGGCAAGGAUGAUGGAAGUUCGUAAUGGUGAGAUAGUGUAACAAAGAGUCAUUUAGUUGAUAUGGAUGGGGAGGUAAAACGAUUUCUUUUUUGCAAAUAACAAAACAAAAAAGUAAAAAAAGAAAAUUGAAAAAUAAUGUAAAUAAUGAACACUAAAAGAAAUUACAAUUUAAGUAAAUAUAAUUGAA